CCGUCCCGCCGUGCGGCGGUCGGUGCCCUGUCACUGCCCGCUCUGGCCAUGGCUAGGGCGCUUGGGUUAUAAGUUAGCGACCAAAGCUCCCGACGCGGCCCUGGUCCUGAUGGCGGCGGCGGCGGCCCUGGCAGCAGCCGAGCCACCUCCCGCGAUGCCGCAAGCGGCAGGAGCCGGAGGGCCAGCCGCCCGCAGAGAUUUCUACUGGCUGCGCUCCUUCCUGGCCGGAGGUAUUGCUGGAUGCUGUGCCAAAACAACAGUUGCUCCUUUGGAUCGAGUGAAGGUUUUAUUACAAGCUCACAAUCACCAUUACAAACACUUGGGAGUAUUUUCUACAUUGCGUGCUGUUCCCCAAAAGGAGGGAUACCUUGGAUUGUAUAAAGGGAAUGGUGCAAUGAUGAUUCGAAUUUUUCCUUAUGGUGCAAUCCAGUUUAUGGCAUUUGAGCAUUAUAAAACGUUAAUAACUACAAAACUGGGAGUUUCUGGUCAUGUACACAGAUUAAUGGCUGGGUCCAUGGCAGGUAUGACAGCAGUUAUCUGUACUUACCCUCUUGAUAUGGUUAGAGUACGCCUAGCAUUCCAGGUGAAAGGGGAACAUACUUAUACGGGAAUUAUUCAUGCAUUCAAAACAAUUUAUGCAAAGGAAGGUGGUUUCCUUGGAUUUUACAGAGGCUUGAUGCCUACUAUAUUAGGAAUGGCUCCAUAUGCAGGUGUUUCGUUUUUUACUUUUGGUACCUUAAAGAGUGUUGGGCUUUCCCAUGCUCCUACCCUUCUUGGCAGACCUUCAUCAGACAAUCCUAAUGUCUUAGUUUUGAAAACUCACAUAAACUUACUUUGUGGUGGUGUUGCUGGAGCAAUAGCACAGACAAUAUCCUACCCAUUUGAUGUAACACGUCGGCGAAUGCAGUUAGGAACUGUUCUUCCAGAAUUUGAAAAGUGCCUAUUGAUAACACAAAGUGAAUCUUGACAGAUUAUCUUCAAUUUGAAUAUUGACUGUUUCUGUUUUGAUCUCCAUUGUAAUACUUUCCUUGCCUUUUAUUGGGUACAGCCCUCUGAUCUAUAGAAUGGGGCAGUGAUUUUGUUUAGGGACUGAUGAGUGAGGUACCAUUCCUAGCUCUUAAUGGUGGUCUGUAUGGAGAUGAAAAGCUUAGUGGGUAUAUAUAAUAAUAUCUUACAACAUUUUCCUCCAGAUUACUCAACAUCCAUUUAUGCAGCACCCAUUGUGUGCCACGGAUUAUAUCAGCAUUAUGGGGGCAUACCUUGAGAGGUCUGUUAACUGUACUUGCAGUCUGAUUUGGAUUCCCAAUAGCAUCUAUCACUGGGUAUUUCUCUAACAGGGUAUGUACCAUACUUUUUGGUUACUGCAUGUUUAUGUGUCCUCCCAUUGGUUCCUUCAUGGGCAGAGUCAUACCUUCAUCCCCUUUAAGGAGCACAGGGUAUGGCAUCAUAAUAGUUGCUCAGUGAUGUUUACUGAUGGGCAGAAGGAAGGUUUGGUUCCUGUUUUUGGAGAAAAUGUUCUAGUAGAGAGAAACGAGGCACAAAUAGUUUAGGGAAAGAGCAAUUUAGAAAGAAAGUUAUUUGUUUUUUCUUCACAGAAAUGUCUUGUUGCUAAUUUGAGCCAGGAUGAAUGGCAAAUAAUACCUAUAUUAUGUGAGUAUGCGUUGCCUUGCAGAGUUGGGCCAAUGAUAUCUGACAUACUUGUAUAGCAACUGUAUACUUAAACACAUCAAUUCUUUGAAUAUUAGACAUUGUUACAAACUAGAAAUCAAUGACAAAUAAUAAGUCAUGUAUAUUUCCUGAGUAUUUACUAUGUUCCAUUCCUUAUUUUAAGCACAUUUGAUGCCUUAACUCUAUAACAGUACUAUAAGAUAGGCACUAUUAAAUAUUCCUUUUUUACAGUUGGGAUAAUUGAGACCCAGGGAUAUCAAGUAACUUGCCCAGGUUCACACAAUAAGUGGUGGAUCUAAGAUUCAGCCUACAGCGUAGUCUACUAGCCAUGAUGCUAUACUUCAACACAGUAGUAUCCUUCCUAUUCACGUAGAGCUCUAAUAUGUAAUAAAUACAAACCAAUUAAUAGAAUGAUUAUAGAUUUUGGAAAGUGCUUUAGAAAAUUUUUUUGCCCCCCCCCGGCCCCCCUCCCCCCAGCAAGUGGCUUGCGGGAUCUUAGUUCCCUGAAUAGGGAUUGAAUGCAGGGCCCUCGACAGUGAAAGCACAGAGUCCUAACCCUGAGACUACCAGGAAAUUACUGGAAAGUGCUUAUUAAGGAAGUAAAUAGAUUACAUGAUAGAGAAUAAUUGUUGGGUGUAAGGAUCAGAGUGCUACUUUAGAAUGGUCAGGGAAAAGUUUCUUUGAUGUGCUAAACUUUAAGCCUACACAUGAAAAGGAAGUAGUCGUGCAAAGAGCUGUGGGGGAAGAAUGGCCCAGAUGAAGGGAACAGCACAGUACAAAAACUCUGAAACAGGAAAAAGCUUAGUUUGACACAGGAAUUGUCAGAAGCCCAGUGUCAAUGAAGCUCCCUGAGAGAGGGAGUAGCAAUAAAUAGGUUGGAGAAGUAGACAAAGGCAUCAAAAGUGCUUAAAAUAAGGAAUGGAACAGGAAAUAUAUAUGACUUAUUAUUGCCAGGAAAUAUACAUGACUUAUUAUUUGUCAUUCAUUUCUAGUUUGUAACACUGUCUGAUAUUCAAAGAAUUGACAUAAGUGUUUAAGUAUACAGUUGCUAUACAAGUAUGUCAGAUAUUGUUAUUUGAUGCCUUAACUCUAUAACAGUACUAUAAGAUAGGCACUAUUAAAUAUUCCUUUUUUACAGUUGGGAUAAUUGAGACCCAGGGAUAUCAAGUAACUUGCCCAGGUUCACACAAUAAGUGGUGGAUCUAAGCCCUGUGUGAAUGAAGCUCCCUGAGUGAGGGAGUAGCAAUAAAUAGGUUGGAGAAGUAGACAAAGGGCAGAUCAAUGUAUUUAGGGCUCUAUAGGAUGUAGUAAUGAUUUUGUCUUUUAUUCUAAAUGCAAUGGGAAGCCUUGAAGGUUUUCAGUAGGGGAAUAAAAUUGCCUGAUUAUAUUUGUACAAAGAUUACUGCUUUAUCAACAAUUAUAUGCACUUAAAACAGAAAUCAGGGAAUUCCCUGGUGGUCCAGUGGUUGACUCUGUGCUUCCAAUGCAGGGGGUGUGGGUUCGAUCCCCGGGUGGGGAAUUAAGAUCCCACAUGCUGGCAGAGCCAAAACAAACAAACAAACAAAACAACAAAAUAAAAAACAACAGAAAUCAACAAAAUUAAAAACAGAUAAUAGAGAAAAUAACAAACCCCAAAAUUGGUUUUUUGAAGAGAUCAACAAAAUUGGUAAGCCCCUUAGCUAGACUGAUAACUAAAAAGGAAUAUAAAUUACCAAUAUCAAGAAUGGGGAAUUCCCUGGUGGUCCAGUGGUUAGGACUCCACGCUUUCAUUGCCGAAGGCCCGGGUUCAAUCCCUGGCUGGGGAACUAAGAUCCCACAAGCCAUGUGGCGUGGCCAAAAAAAAAAUAAUGAAAAAGAUGACAUUACUAUGGAUCCUAUGGAUGUUAAAAAGAUAAUACGGGAUUUCUAAAUAACUCUUUGCUAAGGAAUUUGAUGACUUAGAUGAAAUGGACAGAGGCUUUGAAAAUCACAACCAAAACUGAUGUAGGUGAAACAAAAUCUGCAUAACCAGUUAAAGAAACUGAAUUUAUCAAAAAUCCUUCCACAAAGAAAACUCCAGGCUCAGAUUGUGAAUUCUGUUGGACAUCUAAGAAAGAAAUAAUUUUAUACAAACUUUCAGAAAUUAGAAGACAGCACUUUUAUGAUGCCACUAUAACCUUGAUGCCCAAACCUGACCAAGUUGUUACAGAAAAAUAAAAUUACCAACCAGUAUCCUUCAGGAACAAAGAUGGAAAAAUCUUUAGCAGCAUAUUAGCAAAUCAAAUCCAGCAAUACAUAAAAAGUUUAUUGUAUCGUGACGAAAUUGGGUUUAUCCUAGGAGCGCCAAGUUGUUUCACAAUCUUAAGUCAAUAGUGUAAUUUCCUGUAAUCACAGAAUAAAGGAGAAAAACACAUGAUUCUUCAAUUUCUGCACUUCAAAAGUGCAGAAAAAGCACUUGGCAAAAUUCAAAAUUGAUACAUUAUAAAAAUCACAUUAGGGUAGACCUUCCUCAAUCUGAUAGAGCAUUUUAUCAGAUUAAUUUUCCAACCGUACAUCUCAUCUCACAUGUUCUUCUCGUGUCAUUGACACUCAUCCCAUCAAGAGGUAGAGACCAGUCCCUCCCCUUACAUCUGGUUGAGUGGGCUUGUGUCUACAGUGGAAGUGAUGCUGUGUUACUUCUGAAGUUACGUCAUAAAGCUGAAACAGCUUCCAUCUGGUCUUUUGGAAUGCUUGCUCUUGGAAUCCUCAUGACAUGCUGUGAGGAAGCCAGGCAGCCCCUGUAGAGAAACUGUCAGCCAGCCUCAACUUGCCAGCCAUUUGAGUAAGCCAUCUUCAAAGUGGAUCCUCCAGCUUCCAGCUGAUGCUUCAUGGACAGAGAAAAGCUUUCCUCACAGAGCCCUGCCCAAAAUGAAAAUUCAUAAGCUAAAAAAAUGAUUGUUGGGGACUUCCCUGGCGGUCCAGUGGCUAGGGCUCCUUGCUUCCACUGCAGGGGGCGCAGGUUUGAUCACUGGUUCGGGAACUAAGAUCCCACAUGCCACAAAAAUAAAUUAAUUAAUUUAAAAAAAGAUUGUUGUUUAAAGACACUAAGUUUUGGAGGUUUGUUUUUUACAUAGAUUAGAUAACCAUAGGAAAU